UAAAUUUCAGCUGUGGCAGUACCGUGCCGUCAGUGGUUGAGAAUGGAUUUUACCGGUAAGGUUGUGCUCAUCACCGGAGCCAGCUCUGGAAUUGGAGCUUCAACGGCCAAAUAUCUCACGAACCUUGGUGCAACCUGUGUGCUUGCUGCGAGAAACGAAGCGAAACUAGCUGAAGUUCGUAAGGAGUGUGUCUCGGUGGGAAAGGUGGAACCACUUACCGUCGUGACAGACGUUACGAAGCGCGAAGACCUCGAACGGCUGGUACGGCUGAUCAUUGCCAAGUACGGCCGGUUGGAUGUGUUGGUGAACAAUGCUGGCAAGGGAGCGGCCGGUAGCAUCGAGCAAGCCGAUCUCGAACAGUUCGAUGAUAUUCUCGAUACGAAUCUUCGCUCGGUGUUUGCACUUACCAAGCUGGCCCUGCCGCAUCUGCUUGCCGUGAAGGGUAACAUCGUGAACGUGUCGAGUGUGGCCGGUACGAACUCGUUCCACAAUGCACUAUCGUACUGUGUGUCAAAGUCGGCACUCGAUCAGUUUACACGCUGCACUGCGCUAGAUCUCGCAUCGAAAGGUGUGCGCGUAAACUCCGUCAAUCCGGCGGUCAUUGUGACGAACUUCCAUAAGGCGAUCGGUAUGGAGGAUGAAGCUUACGCUGCCUAUCUUAAGCACUGUGAGACAACUCACCCGUUGGGACGCGUGGGUACUGGAGACGAGGUGGCAGCAUCGAUCGCAUUCCUGGCCUAUGAUGCGACGGCUAGCUUUAUCACGGGCACCUUACUGCGGGUAGAUGGUGGAAAGCAUAUUCUUACUCCGCGCUAAAAUGACA